AUGUCCCUACUAGGGCUACUGGCCCGGAUGUUCCAUUUGCUUGGGGAUACUGCUUCAAAGAAGAACAAGGCAACCCACCAGAUUAUUGUGUUGCAAAUCAACAAUGGCCAUGCCAACUACAACUAUGGUCCAGCAGGAAGACCCAUUGGAUUGAAUCUGCUAAACAGCCCCGAAACCGUUGCAAACUAUCCAGUAGUUUCUUUCAAGACAGCGUUGUGGUUUUGGAUGACACCCCAAUCGCCAAAACCUUCAUGCCACGACGUCAUCACCGGAACAUGGAGGCCAUCGGCAGCAGAUACAGCAGCCUAUUAAUUAAUUUCAACUCGAGUAUAUUGGGCCUAUUAAUUAAUUCAGCCUAUAAAAUUAAAAAGCCCAAAAAUUCAAUUAUUUGAAAAAAAAAGUUAAUAGUAAAACUAACGCUACUAAAAAUCAAGCCUUAAACAACCCCCCAAAAAAAAAUCAAAUUAAAAUUUACCAUUAUACACUCUCUCUGUCUCUCCAUCAAGUUCAAAAGAUUAAAUAUAUCAAUCGUUUGAAUAUAAAAACUUAAUAUUUUUAUAUUAUAAAAAAAUAAAUAAAUAAAUUAACAACUCAUAUUAAAAAAAAGUCUAAUUUAUUAAUUCUGCUUUAGGCCCUAAAAUAUUUGGGACCGCCUUGGUUUUGGGACCCCUAAAAAUGAUCAUCUAUUUUUAUAAAAUUAUAGGGUUAUAUAUAUUCCUUCAUUCUUGAAAUAUAAAAAAAAUGAUAAAGAGAAUAGAAAGUCCAGAUAUAUAUAUAUAUAUAUAUAUA